UGUAAGAUUUUCAUCUGAAGGACGCAUUUGCAAUAUACCUAUUGAACUUUUUAUAGUUAUCUAAAACAUCUAACGAUUCGGAUACAGCAUAUUUACGACAAAUGAUCCAUUUUUAUAAGCCAGUUACCUUAGGUGAAAAAUUAGAUAUGAUGUCUGCAAGACUCAUGAAUGAAAUAGAUUUAAAUGAUAUUCAUCAAGUCAAUGCGCUUAAGCUUUCCUUAUCUCGAAUAGUUGAUACUGUUAAUGCUAACGUUAAGUCUAUUUUUCAAAAAUACAUUCAAGAUGAGGUAUUUUGGCAGAAAAUUUCCAACACUAGCAUAGAGUUGUGUCCAGGAAUGUCUGAAGAAGAGAAGAAGCUAUACAAUACUAUAAUACAGAGAAGCAAAGAUGAUUGCAAUGAUAAAAUUGACUUGUUACAAUUACGAUUAAAUAUUGUUUUAGAAAAAGCAAACAUGAUCCAGUCGAGUCAAACAAAUAAUCUAAAACUCCUUGAUAUUAUGGAGAUUGUCACUAAAAACUGCACAGAUGAUAUUACAAAAAUAAAUAAAAAAGAAAGCGAAACGACUUGCUAUAGAAAGCUUGCAAAAAUAUUGGAUGAAUUAUUGGAAGGUACAAAUUUAGAUAUGCUCGAUGGAGAAAUCACAUGCGAAGCAACAAAAAUAAUUGCCAAAGAGCAAGCUAAAAUAUUCAGCAACACGAUUCGCUUAUCACGUAGUUUUGGAAGAAGAAUCGAUCUUAUUUUAUCUGCUAAAGAAAUUGAACUUUCUGCUAAUGAAUGGAAAAAAGAAAAGACCGUCAUUACACAAUCACUUAAACAACAGAACAAAAAUUUACGAGUAAACAAAGCUAUUUUAACUCAUGUAGAAAAGCUGCCAUUAGAAAAUGAAAUAUUUAUUAUCGGAAUGGACUGGACUGGUUUUAUGGGAUAUAUGUUUGGUUUAAAGCAUUUAGAAGAUAUCUAUAUCGCUAAGCACAUAAGCAAUUUAAUUAUACCAAAGUAUAGUUGUCAAAUAUCGUCAUUUAUAGAAACAUUGGAUAGGCUAUACUCUUGGAAAAACAGUCUUAUUAUGUUGAAAAAUAUAGUAUUAAAUGCCACCUUGAAACAUGAAGAAUCAGAGUUCUUUGCCCGUGUUGGCACUACCCCUGCUCCUACUCAAGCCAAAAGUCUUUCUCCAAAUAUAUAUUUAACACCCCAUAGGAAGAAGGCUGUGUAUAGUAAUAUUGACGAAGAUAUUUAUGAUGAGGAUGUUUAUGAUGAGGAUGACUAUAAUGACAAUGAACAUGAUAUCUUUUAGAUGUCUUUCUUCUCUACUGUUUAAUGUAUUUUUUAAUUUACUUUCUUGUUAAUAAAUAUAAUAAAAU